AGACAUCACCAGGCAGUAACCUCUCUGCAAAUAACAGCAGUGUUUUCCCCUCCCCACGUAGACCAUUCAGACAGUCCAAGCAAAAUUCUUGCUUGAGAAAUUGCCUUUUGCUAAGAAGCUAUUUUGGUUUAUUUUUGACCAUUUUAAAUGUAAAUAUUCACAGUAAGGUACUUCAUUGUACAAUUAUUUGAUAUUUAGAUAACAGCUAGUGAUGGUCUUCAUCAAGACAGUUGUGGCCAUUGAGGGUGUAAGUGUGUCACGUGGCACACAUAUUUUGCCUGUGUUCUUAGCAACAUAUUGUACUGACAUUUAAAAAACUAACUUGCCAUUAUUUCAGUUUAGGUCAGUUUAUGCUGAGUUUACAAUGAAGACAGGUGAUUUGGACAUGUACCCCUAAUUCAGGUGAACUGCAAUGGUCACUUAUUUAUGGACUGGUAGAGAAGCACACCUCGCCUCUGGACCAAUCAAAGGCAAGCUUACAGGUCGAUGAAAUCUCUAACUUUGUAAUUAUAGAGACCUGUAUGAUGACCUUAAAAACCGCGUGUGGAAUGAUCUGCGCCACUCGGGAAACAACUCAUCGACUAAACUCACUUUUUUAGCACUUUAUUUUUGAUAAUUUUUUAUAGAGUAUUUUAUCUUUAAAGAUAAAACGAUGAAAACUACAUAUAAGUAUUUCCCCGUUAUUCUCCUAUGUCUGAGUAUUAACAUAUUCAGCUAUGCGUGGUAUUCACCUGUGGAUGUAUAUGACAAAGUGGUGGAGCUCGUGUCGCCAGGAGAGGAAUACCUGGAUGAAAUGUCAGUUCGCUCCUUUUUCAAACUGUUAGAGAAGCGUGUGCAGUGCCCUGGUGUAUCGUGUGAAAAGUGCCUCUCUGUGCAGUCAGUAGACCAGCUGGUGGGUAACUUUACCAGCACUGGUGGUCUCCUUCACAACGAGGGCUUCUUCAGAGUAGCGGCAGGAUGCCACCUCUACCUCAGCUCUCCCACCGAGGCCUGCUCUGCCGUGAAGGCAGGGAGGUGGGGGGAUGAGACGGACCACCUCAUCCAGGAAAUCACAGGCCAUGACCACCUCAUCCAGGAAAUCACAGGCCAUGACCACCACGUACACAGGCACAGGGAUGGGCAUGGACACGGAGACAUGGAGAGCAGUGGGAUAGAGACUCUGCUCCGAAACAUGGAGAAGCACUACAAGCCUGAUCAGCAGUACGACCAGCACUGUCUCACUGGUCAAGACAUCUUAGAGGAGAGCAGCGCGUCAACUAGUGAUGGUGACCCUCACAACACAGAUGUGGUGUUUGGAUACAUAGUUUACCAUGCUUUACGAGGUGACUGCAUGACAGCCAGAGCACUACCUGAAGAAGAGUAUUUUUUGGAUUUCAUACUCAACCGCUUCGGCUCUGACAACAUCACUAUUCAUGAGCUGGAAGGUAUUAUGAAGAGCUUGCAACUGGGUGGAAUCCACGAAGAGGAACACGAUCAUGAACAUGGAGAUCAAGAUGGACACAACAAUGACCAUGGUCAUAAUGAUCAUAGUCACCACAGUGCCGCUAGCGGGGGUCGAGGUGCUCAGAGUGGUUGGGGGGGUCGAGGUGGAAGUGCAGCCUUCAGGCAGAGUCACGAGGAGGGGUACCACCAGAGGAACAUCAGCAGCUGGGACCUGACAUGUUUCAGCCCAGAGGAACUGGUAAAGAUCCAUGGGCUGAAUGGAUCUAGCCUGUCCAGGUAUGACGUGGCCUGGCUUAGCCCAGCCCUGGUCCAGCAGAUCCUCAGUGGGGCCUGCAACAGCACCUCUCCCCCCACUGGACCAUCAGACCAGCUCAGCACCAUAGAGAAGUAUGUGUAUGCCACCAUCGCCAAUCUUCUGAUCUGUCUGGCCGCUGUGUUUGGCGUUGUGGUGCUGCUGUGUACUUCCUGUAGUAGUGUCUUCCAGCUCAUCAUCCAGUUCUGUGUCAGCCUGGCCGUGGGCUCCCUCACUGGGGACGCCCUGUUGCACCUCCUGCCUAUGUUCCUAGGCCUCCAUGUUCACAGUGAAGGAACAGACCACAGCCACUCAGAGGAGGUUCCAGACUACAUCUAUAAGAUACUGGUGCUGAUGGCUGGCAUCUACUGCUUCUAUCUCAUGGAGACUAUUUUCUCCAUCAUCACCACGCACCAUGCUCCGCAUCACCAUGGGGUGGAGUCUGAGCCCCAUCACUGUGACCAUGGUAAAGUCGUGGAGAUGUACCUGCAGGACAAAAAGAACAAGCAGUCUGUAUCACAGACAGACCUGGUUGAUAGCAAUGACACAGAGAAAGCCUUUCCAGAACAAAACCAACACUCAAGAGAACAGCGUCUGCUACCCUACAUGGUUACCAUAGGGGACGGGAUACAUAACUUUGCCGAUGGCCUGGCUAUCGGAGCGGCCUUUUCUGUUUCCUGGAAGUCAGGUCUUGCCACGUCUCUGGCUGUGUUCUGUCAUGAGCUGCCUCACGAACUGGGUGACUUCGCUAUCCUGCUGCACAGCGGGGUGUCAGUGAAGAAGGCCUUGAUGCUGAACGUGGCCAGUGCCCUCACAUCCUUCAUCGGUCUCUACAUCGCCCUCACCAUCUCUACUGACCUGGCCACCAAGCAGUGGAUCGCUGCCAUCACCUCUGGUCUCUUCCUGUACGUGGGUCUGGCUGAUAUGCUCCCCACCAUGGUCCAUGUGGACAACCGUAGGCCCUGGCUCAUGUUCCUGCUGCAGAAUGUAGGACUGCUGUCUGGCUGGGGCAUCCUGCUCCUCCUCUCUCUAUAUGAGGAUAGAAUUGGCUUCUAGAACCUCCCAUUCCUAACACUGUACAGUACAAUACAAUUACAAAUGACACUAUGUAGGCUAUGCUAUAUUUAAUCUGUUUUACUGUGUCUGUAACACGCUUGGUAUUUCUAUAUGAUACAAUGUUUCCUGACGUGACUUUUCUCGAUGUUAUACACAGUAUGAGCAUACAGGCUAGUUCUGGUGCAUCUUAUGCAUCUAACACAUAAAAGUAUAAUCUGUUGGUGUUCUGUGUGGACGCAUCCUGUCGUAGGUGCUAAUGUUACUAUUUGAAGGGAUAUCAUCUGAAUGUGAUUAGUUCAAACUGUAAUUUAUACAACCUAUAUUUAUAAUGGGACUCACGUGUCCUCAGGCUACUUCCUCUCUAAUUGUCACACCUUUUGUAUUAACCUCAUGUACAGUGUCUUCAGAAAGUAUUCACACCCCUUGACUUUUUACACAUUUUGUUGAGUUAACGCCUGAAUUGAAAAUGGAUUCAAAUGAUAUCUUGUGUCACUGGCUUAUAAGAAAUACCCCAUCAUGUCAAAGGGGAAUUAUGUUUUUAGAAAUGUUUACAAAUUAAUUACAAAUUAAAAGCUGAAAUAUCUUGAGUCAAUAAG